CGGAUAUGAAUACGUACGGGAUGCCACAUUCGAUUUGGAUCAUGCAAGCGCUCCUCCACUACGCUGAAGAAGGAGACAUUGGUCAAGUGAGCUCGCUGCUGAGCUCGGGAGCCGAUGUGAACGCACCUUCGGACGAUGGCCGGACGCCGCUCUUCAUGGCUUCCAAGAACGGACACGUCGAUGUCGUCAAGUUUCUCAUCAAAUACAACGCCAACGUGAACCAAGCUGAUACCAACGGAUGGACACCGCUCCUUGCUGCUGUUGUCGGCCAACACGUUCAAGUGGCGCAGGUGCUGCUGCGAGAGAACGCCGACCCGAAUGCCAGGAUCACAGGGCCCCAAUUGACGUCGCUCUACAUUGCCGUGUCCAGUGGCAACGAGGAGUUGGUCCGUCUGCUGCUGCAGUACCAAGCGGAUGCGACUCUUUGCACGUCGGAUGGGAAAUCGCCUCUCGAAGCGGCCCUCCAGAAACAACAUGCAACCAUCGCGGCAUUGCUCGUGACUGCUGCUUCGGUAGCCCCUGCGGAGGCUUCGGUAGCCCCGAUCGACCACGGAACGACGCUGGCCCAUCAAAGCAGCCUUCUGGAAGCGAUCGAGGCCAACGACAUUUCGACGAUUGUGCGGCUGAUCAAGGCGCAGGCCGACGUGAACCACGCUGGACCUGACGGCACUCUCCCGUUGUGUCUUGCUGCGCUCUUGAGACGUGAAUCGGUGGUUGGGAUGCUCCUCAUUGCCAAGGCCGACGGCAACAAGGCAAACGGGUGUGGCGGCACGGCGCUGACGAUUGCCGCGUCGAAUGGGGACGUCACGAUUGUGGAUAUGCUGCUCCAAGACGGCGUCAACAUCAACUCGACCGACUCGAAUCAAAACACCCCGUUGUUGCUUGCCGUCCAGCACGGCCACAGCCGCAUCGUUCAGAGGCUCCUCGAUGCCCGAGCUGACGUAACAAGACGGAAUGCGGACGGCGAGACUGCGCUUGUUGUGGCGAUGAAGUACUUUCGUCGAGAUGAAGCCACGAUUUUGCAUGCCUUCGUGGCGCAACCUCCCGUCACGAUCGACCCGUCGGCGAUUCGCGUGGUGGAGAAACUGGGCUUUGGCGGUGUCAAGUUCGUCGUCGAAAGAGCAGUCUAUCGCGGCAAAGACGUUGCGAUCAAGUCGGCUUUGACUCGCCAAGACACGCCCGCCCUUCUUGCCGAAGCGGACGCCAUUUCCUCGGGCAACUCCCCCUACGUGAUUUCUCUUGUCGGCAAGACCGACGAAGCUGACCGCCCCCACCUGGUUGUCGACUUUAUGGACCAAGGCAACCUUCGCCAACACUUGGACACGAAGCUGGCUGGGACUUGCACGACUUCCGGCUUCACGACUCCCCACGUGGCAUGGGUUCUUGCGAAUGCCCUCCUCGACUUGCAUGAAAAGGGCCUCGUGCACCGGGACCUCAGGUCGGAGCACGUCUUGCUGUCCACCACCGAGCACGUGAAGGUGGCGCAUCUUGGCGGCGCGCACACGCGACUCAUGAACAUGUCGAUGGCGGAGCUGCUGUGGACUGCGCCGGAAAUCCUCUUGGGGGAAUCUACGUCUCCAGCAGCUGACGUGUACGCGUUCGGGGUCAUUCUCACUGAGCUCGACACGUUGCAGCGGCCGUACUGGGACCUGUCGCUCGAUCCAUGGGCGCUCACGGACAGCAUCCGCAAAGGAGUGAUCCGACCGUCCAUCAGCUCCUCGAGUCCGCUUUGGUUCAAGGAGCUUGUCGACAGCUGCUUGGCGUUCAACCCAAUCGAACGGCCGUCUGCCAAAACCAUCGUCGAGAUCCUGGAGAAGCAAUGGCGCGACGUGCCAGUGCCAGUGCAUGCCGUGCGGUUUCCCACUCCAAGUGCCGACGACACGUUCAAGGGAGCUACCCACACCAGCUCUGGGCUCUACGAUGUCGAGUAAGUCGUUCGGUGUUUCGAUCAUGCAAAGUCGAGAGCGCACGCCGUUGGCCUAGCGUAGCGAGAGGCGAUGACUAAACAUUGAGUCUACUACGCCA